ACGUGGGGCCACCUCGCCCCCCGCGUCGCGGCCGUCGCCGGCGCGCUAUCUCGUUGGAGCGGUGCCUGCUGCGGCCUGCUCUGCAGGUGGGCCUCGCGGCCUAGCACCCCGGCCCCGCCGCCCGUGACUGCGCGCUGAGGCUCGAGGGGUCGCCGGCGAGGUUCCAGCGCGCGCAGACAGCAUGGCAGCCAUCCCCUCCAGCGGCUCGCUCGUGGCCACCCACGACUACUACCGGCGCCGCCUGGGCUCCGCGUCCGGCAGCAGCUCCUGCGGAAGUGCCGAGUACCCCGGGGAAGCCGUCCCCCACCACCUGGGUCUCCCCAAGGCCGACCCAGGUCACUGGUGGGCCAGCUUCUUCUUCGGGAAGCCCAUUGUCCCAUUCAUGGCCACAGUGUUGGAGUCCCCAGAGCACUCGGAAGCCCCCCAGGCUCCCAGCAGCGUGGUCACCAGUGGCCUGGCUUCGGAAACCACAGGGAAGCAGCCGCUCAGCCAGCCCAGCCAGGCCAACACCAGGCCCUCGUCCUGACCUGAACGUACGACCAGCCAAGGCUUCCUAGGUCAGCCGAGCCCUGCCAACCCUCCCCUCCCCUCCCCUCCCCUUAGAUUAGGCAGGCUGCAGCAAGUGGACGCACCAGAACGCCAGCCACCAGCAGAAGGCCGGAGAUGCUCUGCUCUCCAGGCCGCACUGAGCUUUCCUAACUCUGCUAACUGUGCCUUGCACCAAGCAGAAAAUAAACUCCCAGCAGCCACAGCCCGGGUGGUGUGUCUGAGACUUGACUGA